GGCUCGUGGGCCCAAGAAGCACCUGAAGCGCGUGGCCGCCCCCAAGCACUGGAUGCUGGACAAGCUGACCGGCGUGUUCGCUCCCAGGCCAUCCACAGGCCCUCACAAGCUGAGAGAAUGCCUCCCACUUAUCAUCUUCCUCCGAAACCGCCUCAAGUACGCCCUGACGGGGGACGAGGUCAAGAAGAUCUGCAUGCAGCGAUUCAUCAAGAUCGAUGGCAAGGUCCGCACUGAUACCACCUACCCCGUCGGCUUCAUGGACGUGAUCAGCAUCGAGAAGACGGGGGAGCAUUUCCGGCUGGUCUAUGACACCAAGGGCCGCUUUGCUGUCCAUCGCAUCACAGCAGAGGAGGCCAAGUACAAACUCUGUAAAGUGAGAAAGACCUUUGUGGGCACCAAGGCCAUUCCCCAUCUGGUCACCCAUGAUGCCCGGACCAUCCGAUAUCCAGAUCCUCUCAUCAAGAUGAAUGACACUAUCCAGAUCGAUCUGGAGACUGGCAAGAUCACCGAUUUCAUCAAGUUUGAUACCGGUAAUAUGUGUAUGGUGACUGGUGGAGCUAACUUGGGGCGAAUUGGUGUGAUCACCAACAGGGAGAAACACCCAGGCUCCUUUGAUGUGGUCCAUGUGAAGGAUGCCAAUGGCAACAGCUUUGCCACCAGGCUUUCCAACAUUUUUGUUAUUGGGAAAGGUAACAAGCCUUGGAUUUCUCUGCCCCGUGGCAAGGGCAUUCGCCUCACCAUUGCUGAAGAGAGAGACAAGAGGUUGGCAGCCAAACAGAACAAUGGGUGA